GGAAAAUAUUUUAUUUUUCAUCGCGUACGUGUGUAAACUGAGGUUUUCGCCGUGUAUUUUAUCAUAUAAUGAUAUCUGUGAGACUUUCGUGUAAGAAUAUUUAAGGGAAAUACUUUAAAAAUGAGUAAGCACAUGUAUUCGACCGCAAACUUGAGUGACAAAGAGUUGAAAGAACAAGGAAACCGUCUAUUCAGCCUCAGACGGUUCGAAGAUGCUAUGAACUGCUAUACGAAGGCUAUCAUAAAAAAUCCAUCAGUCGCAACAUACUUCACAAACCGAGCACUAUGCUACUUGAAGAUGAAGCAAUGGGAGUCUACGUGCCAGGACUGCCGGCGAGCCCUGGACUUAGACAACAACCAGGUCAAAGGGCACUUCUUCCUCGGACAGGCCCUGAUGGAGCUGGAGUGUUACGAUGAAGCCAUCAAACACUUGCACCGAGCAAACGACCUGGCCCGUGAACAGAAGCUCAACUUUGGCGACGACAUCGCCGCCCAGCUGCGUAUAGCUCGCAAGAAGCGGUGGAAUGUUCAAGAAGAGAAGCGGAUUUCACAGGAAAUCGAGCUGCAGAGUUAUCUCAAUAGGCUAAUAACGGAAGACAUGCAGCGUAGAAUAGAAGCUAUCAAAUUAGACACUAACAACGAUGAAGACUCUACCGCUAAAGCGGCUAAAGUGGAGGAGGAAUGUAAUAAUUAUUCUAGUGAAUUAAAUAACCUAUUUUCAAAAAUGGAUGAAAGAAGACGGAAACGUGACGUACCAGACUACCUCUGCGGCAAGAUCAGCUUCGAAAUCCUAAACGAGCCGGUUAUAACGCCCAGCGGCAUAACGUACGAAAAGAAGGAUAUUGAGGAACAUCUAGAGAGAGUUGGCCACUUCGACCCCGUGACCAGAGUGAAGUUGACUGCAGACCAGCUCAUACCAAACUUCACUAUGAAGGAAGUGGUAGACGCUUUCCUACAAGAGAACGAAUGGGCUCUGGACUACUAGAGAGUCAAUGACGUCACUUGCCGAUAAGUUAAAUAAGGAGGGUAGAGGUAAGAUUCAUUUCUGUGUAUGUAAAAGGCGUAAUCAGGGUGGCGCUAGUGUAGCAAGAAGGUUAAACUUUAAAGGAAGUUAACUAAAGUAGGAUAGGUAAGUAAGCAAAGGAAUAAAACUGUAUACUGCAGUUUUUGGCACUCAAGCUAGUCACUUAAAAUUUUUCAAUACAGCGCACUUCGCUCCAUCUAAAUAUAAGGGUUCCGUUUUUUGCCAUUUGGCUACGGAACCCUUAAAAUGUCAUACUCUUUUGCUGCUCUAGCGUCAAUCUAGUUUUUUUUAAAUAUUACAGCUAGCUUUUUAGACAGAUUCAUAUGAUUACUUGUACCCUCCUUAGCAUCGACAGAAUUUUGUAUGUUCACUUGAUGUAUACUUGACAGCCAAUGGCUACUUUAUGGACCUAGGAAUAAGGUACAACCUGUCAAGUAUGUAUAUACUCGAUGUGGCUGUACAGAUACUGUUAAAGUCGAACGGGCUUUCUAGUACUGACACUUGGACUGUCAUUCAAGCGCCCAUAAAUAAUAAAAACUUAAACGUUAUCUUUUCUCUUCGGGUACAAAAUAAAAGAAAGCUCGUUCGUACUUUAGUAUAGUACUAUAGUAAGCAUGAAUAAAGUGACUACUAAGGCGUCCUGACUUGCCCUAUGCUAAGGAGAUUUGGACCCAAUUUCUGUGAUGUUAGAUACUAAAGUUCGUCACUUGGAUUUUUGUCUAGAUCUGCGAUGUAAACUUACGCGGUGUACAUCGAAAUGCGGGUAGUCGGACGACUUAUGUGUUUGGGAAAACCUAACAAUAAAUUAAAAUGUGUUAUUGUAAUGAAGCAAAACUUUCGAUUGUAAGUUACGUAUCUAGCCCUAUAUAAAAGUUUUGCUUUUUUACUUAAAUAACAAAUUUUAAUAGGUUUUUCUUUAGCAAGUGGUGAAGUAUAAUUUAAAACUAUUAAAUAUUUCUUUGCCAUUACAGUUUAAAAUGUAUCAUUUCACAUUUUCCCAUGUUUUAGAUUCAGAUAUUGGUCACAUACACAGUCCAUUGCAUAUAAAACGUCUUUCUCUAUAAAUCCAAAGAUUUAUCUUUUAGAUGGCACUACACUUACUCGUUAGGUUACACUUUCAUUUUAAAAGGUCCACAAAUACUGAUAGCCAACAUAUUUUAGAUAGAAAUAUCAAAUAAUCAUUAGACAACUAACAAAUUAUUCGCACUGAUGUUAACGAUGGCAAUACUAUAGUGUUAUUUCUGAUAUGGCAAUAGUAAUAUUGUUCCUAUACAUUUAAUACUACAUCCUCAUAAAAAACUGCUCGAUGUAAACCAAAAAUUCAUUCGUAUAGUCAGCGUCAAAUAGUUCGUGACACCCAAAGUAUCCAAAAAGUUCGCAACACGUCUUUGUUACAAUUGAACUAAGGUUGUGUUGUCAAGUUUUUGGCCACUUUUGGUGUCACCAAUUAUUUGACGCUGACUGUACUAUAGGUAUUUUAGAAAAUGGCGAGCUUAUUUCUGCUCAUUUGUUCACUAAGUAAUUAUGAGUCAAGUAUAGUAUAGAAUCUUCAUCAGUCGAAUUUGAAUUCGUAACCAAUAAUGGUUUCCAAAGUUAUUUUUGGCAGAAAAAAAAACUUACAACCGUGAUUCAGCCAAGUUUUUGGAGUUGUAGGAAACUGUACACUUAAGAAUGAAAAUUAUCAUAGAUCAAUGGACUCGCAAGAAUGACGUACACACUUAUGAGUUAGAUGACUCGCGUAGUGACGUCAUAGUAGAGCGCGGAUUAUUUCACUUGUAAGUCUUUUCAUCUGACGUCAAUAUAGUGCGAACCAUUGAAUGAAGUUAUAAUCCCAUCAAAAACAAUAUUUGUCAAUAAAACCAAGUCUCGCAACUCAGUUGUUCUACGGUAAAAAGUUGUGAGAUCCAUGUAAUACCAAGUCCAGGCCAGGAAAUCUUUAACGUUUUACAUAAAUAUAUUGACUUGGCCAUCGCACUAAAUAAUUUAAUUUACACGUGUUUUCAUGCGAUGGCCAAGUCAAUAUAUUUAUGUAAAACGUUAAAGAUUUCCUGGCCUGGACUUGGUAUUACAUGGAUCUCACAACUUUUUACCGUAGAACAACUGAGUUGCGAGACUUGGUUUUAUUGACAAAUAUUGUUUUUGAUGGGAUCUCAUUUCUUUUUGUAUUUUGUAGACAGCAGUUAUGUAUCUAGAAAACUGGACCGAAAUUGAAAAAAUUUACUCGACUUGGCGGUUGCACUACCGUGCCCCCAAAUCUCAUUUCUUUUUGUAUUUUGUAGACAGCAGUUAUGUAUCUAGAAAACUGGACCGAAAUUGAAAAAUUUUACUCGACUUGGCGGUUGCACUACCGUGCCCCCAAAUAUUUUAGUUUUUCCUUGAUUCAUACACCAAACACUACUUAUAUUCCAAAUUUGAAGCUUCUAGGUCUGCUAGAAGUGCCUUAGAAUUUUGAUGAUCGGUGAGUCAGUGAGUCAGUGAGUGACAAAAUUAAGUAACUUUGACCCGUUAUAAUUCUUAAACUACUGGUUCAAAUUGAAUGAAAUUUUAAAUAUACCGUGUCUUUACAAUGCCUGCAUAGCUAAUGAAAAUUCAGCCUUCUAGUUUUAUCCACAACGAAGUUACAGGCAGUCGAAAAAGGCCUGAAUUGCUUCGAGAAAAGGAUGGUACGGCCGUGCCGCUUUUUUGAGAUAGAAUUGGACAAAAGUAACAACAGUUCGUAACCUGGGCAAUAUUACUUCAGAUUAUGUAUAUGAAACCACCACUGUAAUUUAUACAAAAGUUUUUUAUAUUGUUGUCUUUUUGGGUACAUUUAUUUAUGAGUACAGUUCUCUAUUGCUUCUUACUACCUAACUAAUAACUACCCAAGUAAUAUCUGUUCAAAGUCAAAUAAAAAGUUUGUGUUUUGAGACUUGGUUAACAAAAUAAAUGAGUUAAUUUUACAGAUUUUGUUUUGAAAAUGUGUUAAUUUUCUAUACUCAGUUUGUCUUACUCUAACACUAAAUAUGUUUUUCGAAUGAUUAGACUGAAGUGGAUAAUUUACGGUCUUAAAAUACGAUUGUAUAUCAUAGCAAUGAUAUCGUCCGACAUUAAAAUACGUAUCGUACGUGUGUAUCAGGCGUUGGCAUACAGUAGUUGGUAUGAAUCUGUUUACCCAGUAAUUCUUGGAAUAACUCAUAUACCUAUAAUAUGAGUUUAGCCUAAACGCUAUACCUAUAAUAUGAGUUUAGCCUUAGGUAUGGGAGCGGCACAGGGGUUUUUUUUUAAUGGCAACCAAACCUCUUUGGGAGGUUUAUUUCUGCCAAUGUCGAGUGAAAAUUGACAUAGUUAUCAAUAGAACGUGGGUGUUUCAGUUCUAUUGAUUUUUCAUGGAUUCCGUGGAGUUAAGUAUGCCCGUAAGCAGGUUUCGAGACGCCACCGGGUCCAAAGCGGGUUGUUCAUACGACAACCCACUCGACGCUCGAUGCGCGCUCAAAUUCGAAGUAUUUCAAUGUUUUUUAUAAUUUAUCACUUCACUGCACUUUAGAUCACAAAAUAACACCAAAUUUGUACACUAAAGUCCAUUAAAUAAUAAAUUGAAACCAUUAAAACAGAUCGACCAUGCUUCCCGUUCAACUAACCCACGGAAUCCGGGGGUGUUUUUGUGACAGUCAAACGUCAGCGAGACUUCAAAUCUCUGUCAGAUUUGUAUGCUCUGUCACGUCAUAAUAUGUCAAUAUCACCCCUCCCAUGCCGCUCUUAUACCUCAGGCACUGACUAAGUUAGCGCUAUACAAAGUGUGUAAGAACUCGAUGUUGCAUAUACAUAAAUGAUUAUUCAUGAUUAUUAUUAUUAUCUGUUUAAAAUUAUGAGGCCGAUGUCGAAAAAUUAUAGUUUCUCAAUAAAUUGACAAAAUUUAACGCUUUAUUAUGUUUGUUAUGCAUAUAAUUUCGUCUUAGUAUGUAAGAGCAAAGCUUGCUUUGAAAUAUUUACUGAGUGUAUAAGUUAUGUAUUUGUUAGCGCCGGUGUGAUAGUUACAUAGAUCUUGUAAUGGAACAUAGAGCUCCCGUAAACAUAUGAAUAAAAUCCAUCGUAGGCAGUGUUAGUAUGAAAUGGUGUACAUAAUUAUAAAGUAGAUGAUGCAUCUUAGACCAGAUAUUGGGUGCGUGGAAAAAAGCGCUUGGAAGCGCCGAGAAACAAAUUAUAUAGUUGUCGACGAGGACACGUUUGCCAACUUCUAUAAUAACGUGUUUCAUUUAUUUUUGGCAGUAAGCGCUUAUCGUUUAUCGCCAUUAUGCUUACAAGCGAUUUUUUUCCCGCCAAACGCACCCAUUGUGUAAUGUGUAAAAAUAAAAAUAAAUGUGUAUCUUUGAGUAAACAACUUUUUGUCUUGCAAGAAAAUAAAAGUAUGAAAAUACUUUCUGUUUACUAAAUAACUGAAUGAUACUAUACUAACUAAUAUACAUGAACUAAAAUUGCGUAAUGUAAUGAGAAUGUGACAUCCUGAAAUGCAUGUAAAACAUACGGCUCACUGCAGAAAGAAAAAUAUUAGUUUGUUAUACAAUAUUAUUGUUGGCGUACGACCAAUUAAAAUUAUAUUUUGGCUAGUCUUCGCAGACUUUAAGUCAUCAUUGUAAAUAAUUUAGUUAUUAUUUUAUUUGCCAAGGAGGCAUACAUGUUGUAAAUAAUAAUGAUGAGAUCUAAAUUACUUUUUUGGUGAUAUUCGAAUUAAAAAACCUAAUUAAUUUAAAUUUCAUAAUACUAUCGUAAUAGAUAGCGUAACAAAAUUUAUUUUUUAAAUAACAUAAUCCAUAAUAUUACUUAUAAAUAGGCCCGAGAUCAAGGCAUAUUGAUCAUCUUCUUUUAAUAAUGUUCCUUUUAAAGAAAAAGGGACAUUACGGGAAUACUAUGGGGAUAUUUCCGACUUGGAGAAUGCUCACGAGAAUGGUAUAUUUGUAUAAAGCAAAUAGAAGCGAGCAUACACGACCUACGUAGGGGAGACUGAGGAAAGUUGUAACAGAGGUGGGUUGUAACUUGUAACAAAGUUGUUCUCUGAACCUAAGACUGAUAAACUGUCUUAGCAACUUCACGAAUUCGUUGCUCUUUGGACACUCCAUAGUUUGCGUUCAGCUAACUGUCAUAGGCGCAGAGAAAUCGGCUUUGUGACAACUCACCUCUGUUACAAUUCUCUUCGGUCUCCCCUACCGACGGCCGUCACAUCAAGCAACGUGCAUUUUUUUGCAACAAAGUUGUUUAGUCUGAAGUGUUGAAUGUUCGUAGAAUGUACGCAUUAUGAAUUGCAUUUCCAAUUCUAAUAUUGUUUUUGUAAGAUAAAAGGUUGACUGUGAGCAAUGUUCGAAUCGGUGUAUAAAUAUUAAAUACAAUAUUUUAAUGUCCAUUGUGUAAGUGAUGGAUGGUAUGCUAUUUGAUUUGUUGCAUCUCGCUUUAUUGGUUUACAUAUGUUUUGAAAUAAGGUUGUAACCGUGGAGUUAAUCGAUUCGGGAUUUCUACCUCCUUUUUGAUCGAUUUCAAGUCAGUUUUUACCCAAUUAUUGACGAUUAUUAGAUAAAUCCCGACUUGGUUAGUUCUAAUAUUAGGGCUUUGACACACAGCUUUAUGUAUGGCAUGGUAAGAGAUUCACGUCACGCGUCAUUGUGAUGAUUCAAAAUCAAGCUGUUUUAACGGUUUUAAAUCUGAUUUAAUAAAGUCCGCGUCCGCUGUUUGAAAAAGCCUUUAGUGAUGGAAGUUUGAAUCAUCCAUUAUCUUCAUUUUGUAAAUAUUACUUAUUGUUGGUAGAUAUUUAUUCCGAUUGUGUAAACUACUAUUAUAAACAGACAACUCAAUUUAAUUUACUUACAUAUCUGGACCAUUAAUUAUUUAAUUUAGGACUAGAGUAUGGUAUGGAUUGUAUUGGAGAAUGUAUAACUAGACUUACCACUGUAUGUAAUUUAAUAUUUUUACCUUAAAGAUAUAUGGGUCAAGUAAACGUGUCGAAAUAAAUUGCAUUUCACUGUAUACAUAUACAGGGUGUCGUAAAGAGCGUGCCAAACUUAAUGGAUGGUCAUUCAUAGUCUAUCAUCUCCUUAAGUUUGGCUCGCUCUUUACGGGACAUCCUGUAUUUAUUGCAUAUACUUACAUCAUGUAUGAACAACAUUGUCGAUCAGUGCAAUCGGUCAGCAAGUCAAGUCAAUCCAGCGGUCGUGACAAGACAAUCUGUGCGGUUUGCGUUCUUUGUACGUGCUCGCACAAUUAGACCGCAUCAAUACGAAAUGUAUAGAGAUCGACAAUGUUAUUCAUAUACAUGAUGCGGCCUGCGUUCACUUUGACCUGAUCGCAGAACGCAUCCAGUGUGGAAACUCCUUUAAUAUCUGACAUAUAAAGGCAACCACUGAGUAUAGAUGGCGUUGUUUAUAUUAACAGAUUUUUUCUUCCAGGUACCCACAUAUCUUACUAUAUGAAUACACGAUAUUUUCUUUGCCAUUUCGAUUGAUAGUUGAAUCGCUAGAGAAACAGAUUCAACCUAGCUCGCAACUACUGUAAAGUUAUGAUGAUAAGUAAAUGUUAUUUUAUAAA